AUGGAUGGCUUCUACACAAACCAGCAGCUCCCUCCCCAAGAGCUGCACCGCCAACUCUCCCAGCAGCGGCAGCAGCAGCAGCAGCAGCAGCAACAACAGGAACAACAACAGCAGCAGCAGCAGCAGCAGCAACAACAACACCGCCACCUUCAGCAGCAGCAGCAUCAACAAAACCACCGAUUGCAAAUGCAGCAGCGGCAGCAGCGACAGCAGCAAUCGCAGCAACACCAGCAAUCGACCUCGCAGUCACUGAACAUGUCUGCCCAGCUUCCACUCCAGCCACAGUCCGCCAUGUCCCAGGCCAUGCCAGAUCGGCCCAUGAUCACUGGCGAUCCACUCGAAGACAUCCUCCGCAACAGCCAGAGCGAUGUGCAGCGCCGGAGGAGCAUGUCGCACGCCUAUCGCAACUCGGUAACGCAAGCGCAGAGCCCGAGGCGAAUGUCCUCUAUCGGCGGCGCGGGAGACUUCAUGUCGUUUGGAUCUGGCAACGACGACCUCGGAAACUAUCAGUUUGACCAGUCCAUGGACGCAGGCAUGCCCAACCUCAACACCAACCUCAACAUGGCAGACCAGAUGGGCAAUUUCAUGGCAGAGCCGGCUGAUUAUUCAGCCAUCUCCCCGGAUCUGAUGGGCUCCAUGAUCCCGGCCUCAUUCGCCAAUAUGGGCAUGGGGUCCAUGGCCAAUGACUCCUCGGCAAUGAACCUGUUUCCCACGACCGGUGCAUCUGGCGCAGGACGCGGAUCAUCCACCAGCCAGCUGGGUAACGAAUUCGGCCCAAACCAGAUGUCAUCUAUCGGCGCCGACUUCUCCCUGGGCAUCAGUUCGGAAAGUGACUCCAUGGACGCCACGCCGAGCGCUGUCCAAGGUAGCGUGGCAGCCACCGAUGACCGUGACGACGACAUGAUGAAUAUGCCGGCAUCUCAAUUCAGCUCCAUAGGAUCCACGCCAAACCCUCCUGCGACCAGCAUGAACCUUGAUCCCAACGUGGGCAAUUUCAACCGGAGCAUGCCGCCCUCGCUUUCGCGCCACGUCUCUUCGUCUGGUUCUUUCAUUUCUCCUCAGCAGGCAAGCUCGUCAGCCAGCGCAGCUCCGGCCAGCGCAGCUUCUGAAACGACCACCCCGACCCCUGCACCGACUCCGCGCGAGCCCAAGGAGAAGACAAUUUAUUCCAAGAGCGGUUUCGACAUGCUCAAGGCCUUGUGGCUGGUUGCUACACGCAAGGACCCCAAAAUCCACCUUGGAGCCGUCGACAUGUCGUGCGCCUUCGUGGUUUGCGACGUCACAAUGAACGACUGCCCCAUCAUCUAUGUCUCUGACAACUUUCAAAAUCUUACGGGCUAUAAUCGCCACGAGAUUGUCGGCCAAAACUGUCGGUUCCUACAGGCCCCGGACGGGAAGGUCGAGGCUGGCUCGAAGCGGGAGUUUGUCGACGACGGAGCCGUGUACAACCUCAAGAAGAUGAUUCAUGGAGGGGAAGAAGUCCAGCAAAGCCUCAUCAACUACCGAAAAGGGGGCAAGCCGUUUCUCAAUCUCCUGACCAUGAUUCCCAUACCGUGGGACACAGAUGACAUCAGAUACUUCAUCGGGUUCCAGAUCGAUCUCGUGGAAUGCCCCGACGCCAUCUCUGGUCAAGAAAUGGGCGGCGUCACGGUCAACUACAAGCACAACGACAUUGGCCAAUAUAUCUGGACCCCUCCUUCUACCACCCAGUGGGAACCCGAGAACGGUCAGACGCUUGGCGUCGACGACGUAUCCACCUUGCUGCAGCAGUUCAACCCCAAAGGCUUAGUAUCGGACUGGCAUAAGCAAUCAUGGGACAAAAUGCUGUUGGAAAACACGGAUGACGUCGUCCAUGUGCUCUCUUUGAAAGGCCUUUUCCUCUACCUUUCGCCUUCGUGCAAGCGAGUGCUCGAAUACGACGCUGCGGACCUUGUCGGCAACUCGCUUUCUUCUGUCUGCCAUCCCUCCGACAUUGUGCCCGUCACCCGAGAGCUGAAGGAUGCCACAGCCGGCAAUCAGGUGAACAUAGUCUUCAGAAUACGCCGAAAGCAGAGCGGGUAUACUUGGUUCGAAAGCCACGGGUCCCUCUUUGUCGAGCAAGGCAAGGGUCGCAAGUGCAUUAUUCUGGUCGGGCGCAAACGACCCGUCUUCGCACUCAGCAGGCAGAGCCUGGAGACGACGGGCGGGAUUGGCGAUAGCGAACUCUGGACCAAGCUGUCCACCUCCGGAAUGUUCCUUUUUGUCUCUUCCAAUGUUCGGUCACUCCUCGAUCUCCAGCCGGAGUCUCUUGUUGGCACAAGUAUCCAGGAACUGAUGCGGAAAGAGUCACGAAACGAGUUUGGCAGAUCAAUCGAGAAGGCUAGGAGGGGCAAGAUUGUCUCGUGCAAGCAUGAAGUCCAGAACCGACGAGGUCAAGGGUUGCAGGCACAAACGUUCCUCUACCCUGGCGACGCCGCAGAAGGACAGAAACCGUCGUUUUUGCUCGCCCAGACGAAGCUUCUCAAGGCCUCGUCGCGUAGCAUUGCCCCUGCGAGCACGACGGGGUCUACGGCUGCGACGCCCAGAUCCAGCCCGCAAACGCCCGGCCCCCAACAUGUUUCGCAACCUACAGGAGGUGCUUUGCUUCCAGAGACGCAGGACGCAGCUCUGGCCUCGGACGACAACGUCUUUGACGAACUUCGAACGACAAAGUGCUCCAGCUGGCAGUUUGAGUUAAGACAAAUGGAGAAGGUCAACCGAAUUCUUGCCGAAGAACUCGGGGGGCUCCUGUCCAACAAGAAGAAAAGGAAGCGUAGAAAAGGCGUUGGCAAUUUGGUCAGGGACUGUGCCAAUUGUCACACGCGAAACACACCCGAGUGGCGGAGGGGACCCAGUGGCCAGAGGGAUCUCUGCAAUAGCUGCGGUCUUCGCUGGGCUAAACAAACUGGCCGCGUGUCACCCCGCAAUUCGUCGAGGGGAGGAGGCAACAACGGGAACGGCGAUUCUCAGAGCAAGAAGUCCGCAUCGCCGAUACCCUCUUCCCCCCUGCAUAAAGAGCUCCCUUCCGAGACGCCAAAACCUCAUGUGGCCGGCGUAACUACCGGCUCAGGGUCGAGCGUCGAAGGCGACGGUGCCAUCAACCCCGCCCAGCUCACAAGCCAGAUGAUGAGCGGCGCGAUGUCCGCCACUGGCCAGAAGCCGCCCUCGGCGAUGCCGCCACCCAGUCAGCCGUCGCUCUCGGGUGGGGUGCCCGGCUCGUCCAUGACAUCUAUCCGGGAAGAGCGCGAGAACAGCCAACCCUAA